AUGCGGAAGCUCUUAAGAAAUUCUUUCCAGAAAAACAUUACAUUCAUCAAGAUAAUGAUUGUGAAAGCAUUGAUGACAUGAUAGCCAACCUUGGAAAAGCAAAACAAACGUUGAAAACCGAGAAAGAUAUAUAUUGCUUCGUAUGCGCGAUUCUUGGAAACGGUCAUAAGGGAAUUAUUGACCUCACCGAAGGCGAAUAUAAGAUCGAAGAAAUUAGAAAGACUUUUAACAAUGACCUAGACUCACCAUAUUUCACAGGUCGUCCAAAAGUCUUUCUCAUUCAGGCAGGUCAAGGGUAUAAUCUUCAAAAAUCAUCAAUCAAAUUUGUUGACAGUGAAAUUGCCGUGCACGUUGAUGCUGAUGCACUGAUAGCCUAUGCAAGCACACCUGACUAUGCUGCGUUUGAAAGUGACAAAGGGUCAUAUUUCAUCCAAACGUGUGUAGAGGUGUUUAAAAGUAAACACAGCUCCUGUCACCUGGAAGAAAUGAUGGUUAUAGUUAAGGAACAAAUGUCCUGUUACCGGUUUCGUCUAAAGGAGCCAUUACAGCAGGCUGAUGUCCGCGAUGUCCGCGAUAAGAAGCAUCCUUAUUAUGGGACGUUCACGCAAAUGCCGUGCGUUUGGACCACACUUACUCGCUUCUUGUAUUUCAAAUCACCAGACUAAAGUUCAAUUUUGUUCAUACUCUUUAUCUCUCAUUAGAUUAUUCUAAUGUUGAAUAACAAGAUAAACUUUUCCACUAUAUACAAUACCUACAGACAAAAACAUUAUAAAUGCAGAACGAUACUUGUGCAUUUGCAUGAUGUUCCAUUUUAGACAGUCAUAUGGGAAAUGUCCUUGUUCUUGCCAUAUAUAUGGACAAGCAUUAGGUAGAGAAUAGUUGAUCACCAGAGAUUUUAAAAUGUGCAUUAAUAAAACACGGGAACCAUGUAUUUGUUUUUCAUAAAAUAUGCAGGAAUAUUGCAACAUCACGUUUACAAUUUUUAUCAUGGAUUUAUCGAUAUUGCACAUUUUCGCUUUCGGUUAAAAAUGAAAAUUUCUUUUUUUUAAGUAGUUUACUAUGUUAAAAAAUUGUUAACAAAUUCAAAUGAAAUAUGAUUAUUUAGUGUUCCAUAUGUGGAUGGUUAAACAAAUAGGUAUUAAUUUCACAUUCUUUAUGUGUAUUUUAUGCAUACACAUUUGGCGACGUGUUUUAAUUAUGGACCACAGGUAUUUCUUCAACAAUAAAUAUAUUUUACUAUGCUGUUGUUGCCAAUAUUGUUUCUUUGAAACAUAUAGAUUUUUUUCUGAAAACAUCUAAAUUGUUAUCUGCAUUGUUUUAAGGGGUGUUGCGGCAGUUUAUUUAUACGAUGAUAUUUUUAUAGCAACACCGACUCGCUCUUAUCACAACCCAAUAUUUGUGUUACCAGAAUAAUCGAAUAUUACAGAGUGGAUUCAUAAAACAAAUGUCAGUCGUUCGAUCCUAGGUUUGGCUAACUUUUUAAAAACUUUUUUUCUCUCUUUAAUUUAAUUCUUGUUUUAUACUGGAGUUCUUUAGAUCUGUUGUUUACAUUUAUCAAUUCAAAUCAUUUAUCACUAACUUCAAAACAUGCCAAAAACUGUAAAAAAGUCCGUGUAAGUUAUUGAUGAUUAAGGUCGAGUUUGAUACCGUAUUUUCUUAUGUUUGUGACUAAAUAUUGUAUUAUUAUUGUUGUUUUUAGGUAAGCUGUUGAGAUCCCAGUAAAGAUUAUAAACAAUGUCAAAAGCUUAUGCACAUUUUUAGCAAUCUAUGUACCGGUACUUGGGUUUAGCCAAAUUGCUAUAUUUUAUGAAAUCUGACAUAGAUGGUAGGGAUAGUUGAACAGCAAAAUCUCUGUUAAAAGUGCGAUGACCCCCAUUUUUAUUUGUGUUUUAUGAUAACAAUACGUAGAUGAAAGUAUUUGAGCAGUUUAUCAGAAAUUUAUUCGAUAGAACUUUUUUAAUUUCAUUUUUGUGGUUCUUAAAAUUUAACUUGUGUUCUCCAUUUCUUUGGUAGUUUGUGGUUUAAUUAAAUGGUAUAUGAUGUAUCUUAGCUGAUAUAAUAUCAACAUGUUGCCAAUGUUAUAGGUUAUUGAUCAUUCUUAUGCAAUUAGAUAUUUUUCAGUUUAAAUGAAAAAGUACAUGUUAUGUAAUGGUGGAUAAAAUCAAAACAAGGCCGGUGACCCUAUGUUUGUUAUUUCAUUUUUCAUUUAGUAUUUGAAUGUAGUACUUGAAUAUAAAUUUUUGACAAUAUCUAUAAAAUGGAAAAAAUCAGCAAAACUGCAGCAAAACCCCUUAAUUGUAUUCGAAUAAAGAUAUGUCGUUUUUUGUUUGAUAAGUUUUACUCACCGUACACAUACUUUUUUUAAACAUUCAUGUAGAAAUAAUGACAUAUGUAUCCAAUAAUAAAAUGGAAAUAUUAAUAUUGGUUUUUGUCUGGAAGUGUAUGUCUAAAUUUUUAAAUGUUUUUCGAGUAUGAAGACUUCUUGUAUUGUUACGACAGAUUUUUCUGUCUCCUUUUGAGAAUGUAGACCGGAAAAGAUUAACGGAGGCAAGAUAUCGAUUUAAUAAUAAGAACUAAUUUUGUACAGAAUAGUUCGUUUAAAGUCUGUCAGCGUUGUCUUUAAGAGCCAUAUUGACUGUUAAUAUGUUAUACUAUUUUCGAAAAUAAGAUGAACUUUAAAUGCGUAUCAACAAUUAAGUAAUAAAGAAUACUAAUAUUUCGUUUUCACAAGGGUCCAGUGAAUAUUUAUUUUAGUUAUUUUACAAAAUUUGUCUAAGGCGCUCAAAACAGUAGUAAUAAUAUAUUAAAGAAUAUAAUGUUAAUGUUGUACCGCAUGCUCAAAUUGAUAACAUAACUGUGGAGAGGUAAACACUUCAAGUGAUAUUUUUGUAGACGUGAAUUCUAAUCAUAAUAGGGAUUCGGUCGAAAUAAACAUUU